AUGAGCUUAAACUUGUUAUGCUCCUGCCUCCCUCUCCCUUCUUCCCACAAAUUCCCCUGCUACUACUCUUCAACAAGCACCUGCCCCACCACUCUCUUCUACAUCUUCUUCCACAAUACCACAACAACAACAACAACUGCUACUGCUAGUAGUAUUGCUAAAAAACAAGCCUUUUCUACAUUUACAACUAAAGGGUCCGCCAAUGAGUCAGCCCUUCCUGCAAAUGGGAAGGUGCUGCUCUCUGAAUUGUUGGAUGAGGAACUGCUUAACUGGGUCUCUGCAGCUGAGGACGCAGCCCAAGUGUUGAAUAGAAUUGCUGAGAGAACUAAUAGAAGCAGCGGGGUUGUGACUAGUUCAGAUUGUUGUUUGAUUAUCUCUGCGGCCAUUGAUCGUGGCAAUGCUAACUUGGCUCUUUCUGUUUUCUCUGCCAUGCGCUCCAGCUUUGAUACUUCAGAUAUUGGUGAGAAAGGUCCUUCUGUUGAAAAAUGGAAGUGGCCGAGGCCAGAUGUAAAUACUUACACUUUACUCAUUCAAGGUCUUGCAUCCUCGCUUAGGGUCUCAGAUGCCCUCAGAAUCAUUACCAGUGUUUGCCGUGUUGGAGUAUCGCCCAGUGAGGAGGUCCCUUUUGGUAAAGUUGUCAGAUGUCCAAUUUGUACGGUCGCUGUUGCUGUCGCUCAACCACAACAUGGUAUUCAGAUUGCUUCCUGUUCAAAGUGCCGCUACCAAUACGAGCUUGUUUCAGGCACUAUUUGCAGUAUAGACUCUGAAGAAAUUAGCGUGGAUGUUCCAGCAUGGAAGAGGGGGCUAAGAUUUUUGCAAAUCGCAAAGCAGAACAUUCCAGCUGCUGUUCAUUCCGUUGUGAUGGAGACACCCUCUGGCAUGGCACGGACACACAGGUUUGCUACUGAAACUGUUGAUCUCCCUGCACAAGAAGGAGAAAGAGUGACCAUUGCUGCAGCUGCUCCAACAACUGUCUACAGGGAGAUUGGUCCAUUGAAGUUAAGUCCAAAAGCCCCCAAUUUCUUCCCUGGAGAACCUAUGUGCCUGACAAACCAUACCAAUGGUCGAGAAUCACCAUUAUUAAGGGCACCUGCAAAAGAUAAGGGAACAACCUUAAUGAAUCCCUCUGUUCUCUUUCCUCUUCUUGCUGUGGUUGCCUCUGGAGAUGCUGCCUCUGGGAUCAUAGACCCCAACUUGCCUCAGUUAAUUUUGGUUGCUGCAGCUUCCUCGCUUGCCCUUGGAGCCACUGUGAAUAGCCUGGUUUUUCCUCAGUUAAGCAAGCUUCCUCAAAGAUUAGUGGACACAAUUGCUAUCAAGCAGCAACUGCUAUCUCAGUAUGAUGUACUGCAAUCUCGAAUCAAGGAGUUGAAGCAAGGUGCUGAAAACGAGGUUUGGAUGUUGGCUCGCAUGUGCCAAUUGCAGAACAAAAUUUUUGCUGUUGGGGAACCUUCCUAUAGAGCACGAAGAAGUAGAGUCAAAAGGGUUCGUGAAGGACUGGAGGUUUCCCUUAAGAAAAGGAUUGAAUUGAUUGAGAGCUAUGCUAGAAUCUCAUCAAUGAUAGAGAUUGAGGUAGAGAUGGAUUCUGAUGUUCUUGCUGCGGAAGCAGCAACCAAUGCGGAAAAUAUUACUGAACAGAUACUGCAAAUAAUGGAGAUUGAAAAUCUUGAAGAGAAAUGGAGACUCCAGGCAGAGGCAAACGAUGAGGCGGAAAGACUUCUUAGUACUGAACCCACAUCUGCAGAACAGGUUCUAGACAGAUAACGGCCGACAUUUUCUAGCCAGGUCCAUUCCUGUUUACGAUGGCUGAUGCAUUACAAGCAUUCUCCUAUGGCACCAAGUAGAGCAUGAUCAUGUGGAAUGAAAGUGAUGGCAUCUCAAACCAAUUGUUUACACUCGCUAAAGGCUGCGGGCUUCAUUGCCCAAUGCAGACUAGUUCUAAGGAAUUGCAAAGCAGUUGUAUCCUCUAUAAAUUCAAAUAGCAUUCUUUCCGGUUCCUGUGGACAAGGAGUAGAAUCUUGAUCCUACCCUCGUUCUCCUACAUCAACCUUUUUGUUUUCCAAACUAUUUCCAAAUGGUGUCAAGAUUUAGGUUGGAUGACUAGAUUGAGUGGCUUUGGGCUUCUCUUUCAGUCAAACUUGUUUAUUCAAGUGAUGAUUUCUUCCA